AUGGUGUGGUAUAUGGCCACUUCAAGAGAGCUUGGGGUCCUUGAAAGUGAUUCACUUUCUCCACUGUUUGGUCCUUAUCUUAAAGCGAAGCUGAAGGCGGAGCCGGAGACGUCCAGCACAGUGAGCCAGUCGCUGGGCGUGUGCCGGGCCAACUUCGACUCGGCCGUCGACAGCCUGCGGGGGGCGGCCAAGAACUUGAAGGAGGCAGCGUCGCACGCGGACCUGAUGAACAACCUCUCCGCCGCAACCGCCUUCGUGGAAACGUGCAACGACGCGUUCGCCGAGCGGAGGUUGAAUUCGCCGGUGGCCGAGACGACGGAGCUGCUGGGGAAGUUGGUCAGCAAUUGCCUUGACUUGGGAUCCGCCUUGCAAUGA